AUGGAACAAGAACUUCAACUAAAACAAGAAUCGUCUAGGCAGAAGAUGAGGCAGCCACCUCAAGAACAAGGGACCAGCCAUGUGUCAACGACGGCGCCGUUUAAGCGGUACAGAGGGAUACGGAAGAGGAAGUGGGGCAAGUGGGUGGCUGAGAUACGUGAACCGAACAAACGCUCACGUCUUUGGCUCGGCUCUUACACAACCGCCAUAGCCGCCGCUAGAGCAUACGAUACCGCCGUCUUUUACCUCCGUGGCCCCUCCGCACGCCUCAACUUCCCCGAUCUCCUCUUUCAAGAAGAGGAGCAACGAUCAGCGGCCGCGACAACCGUUGACAUGCCUGCCGCUCUUAUUCGUGAGAAAGCGGCGGAGGUCGGCGCAAGAGUCGAUGCUCUUCUAGCUUCUUCUGCUCCUAUGUCUCCACCUUCGCCGGUAUUAAUUGCCAAACCCGAUUUGAAUCAGAUACCCGAAUCCGGAGAUAUAUAG